CAGGUCGAAGGGACAGUAAUGGCGGCUCUCGCCGUCUGUUAAAAGUGUUUUAUAUUUACUGUUGUAUUCGAUUUAUUUACUACAAGAACUAAAUUGUUGSUCAUUUCCCCCCCGUUAUUGACAGACAGCUGUCAAUCAUGAUGAAACCAAUGCCUGGWUUCCAGUACACACCUGAAAAUGUACAGCGAUUGGAGAAGGCUUUACAAGCCAUGCAAGAAAAAGGCUUGGAGAAUGAUCCUCGCUACAACCAGUUGUACAACAUYCUGCAAGGCAGACCACCAAUGAUGGACAUGCAGGAUAACACCUAUGGAAUGGGAAAUAUGCCAUCAGGGGUGCCACCCAUGCACCAYGGGGAUAUGGGAUCCACUGGGUUACAAGGACCUUCAAAUAUCCCAGACAACACUUCAAGAGUACCCCCAAAAGACACAGUCAAAGAAUUCAAUUCCCAACAGCUGAUGCAACUAAGAGCUCAGAUCAUGGCUUACAAACUGAUAUCUAGGAAUCAGCCACUCCCUGACCAUGUCAAGAUAGCUAUGUUAGGGAAACAAAACCCYAAGAUGCCCAUGCCUAGUAGUAAUCUGCCGAGCAGCAUUGCACCCUCCAAUACAGCUCAAGUAGCUUCUCAGAGUCCUGCCACAAACCAGCAAGCAKCAGGUCCUCUUACUAGUAAUGCUAGUUUGCCUAACACUAGUGUUGCACCUAACCAGACAGCUUAUAAUGUGCCUGGAAUGGCGUCAUCUCAAAAGCUUCAAGCAAGCCUUAAUAAAUCAGGCAGUAAUACCACAAGCCAGCCAACUAUUGCUGCAGCUUCAAUGGCUGCAGCUAAAGGAGCUGCAGCAAGUGCCAUUGCAGCUGCAAACCAGCAACAAAAAUUAAAAGAACAGCAAAGACAGGCAUUAGCACAGCAGCAGAUACAACAACAGCARCGUAAAACCCAACCUCAGUUACAAGUGUCUAAGCCUCAGCUUGCUCCAGUUCCUAAACCUACAGGACUGGAUCCUGUUGCAAUAUUAAAGGAGAGAGAAAACAGAAUCCAAGCCAGAAUUGUACAGAGAAUAAAAGAACUUGAAGGUCUCCCUGGAAAUCUCCCUGAUGACUUGAGACUUAAAGCCAUGAUAGAAUUGCGUGCCCUAAGGCUUCUUAACGUACAGAAACAGUUAAGAAGUGAAGUUAUAGCCUGUACAAGAAGGGAUACCACUCUUGAGACAGCACUCAACUCAAAGGCUUACAAACGCAGCAAGAARCAAUCUCUCAGAGAGGCUAGGAUCACUGAGAAACUAGAAAAACAACAGAARAUGGAACAGGAGAGGAAGCGUCGCCAGAAACACCAGGAGUACCUCAACAUGAUACUGCAACAUGUGCGUGACUUCAAGGAGUAUCACAGGUCURUACAGUCCAAGGUUGUCAAACUGAACAAAGCUGUAAUGAACUAUCACUCUGUGACGGACAGAGAAAAGAAGAAGGAAGAAGAGAGAAUAGAAAAGGAGAGAAUGAGAAGACUCAUGGCUGAAGAUGAAGAAGGUUAUCGUAAACUUAUUGACCACAAGAAAGAUAAGCGUCUGCACUACCUUCUCAGUCAGACAGAUGAAUACAUUGCUAGUCUCACGCAAAUGGUACAACAGCACAAGAAGGAUCACCGUAAGAAACAAAAGGGUAGAAUAAGACGGAAAUCAGAUUUUGACGAUGAAACUCCUGAUGGYGAUAGACGUGUAGCUGUAGUUGAUACGGAGACCAAUGUAGUACUGAAAGGAGAUGAAGCACCCAUUGCUGAUGAUCUGGAAGAAUGGCUCUUGGCUCAUCCUGGCUAUGCUGUUGCACCCCGGCAAGAAGAUGAUUCAGCUGAUGAGGACGAAGAUGAAGAAGAUGAAGACGAUGAGGACGAAUCUGGAACUGAAACCAGAUGGGCAUGGCAGAGACUCAGUGAAAAAGAGAAGAGAAGAGAGAUGUAUGGCAAGGAUGACGUUGGGUAAUCCUCCCUCAAUCUUUCAAUCCCUCCCUUCCUCAGUCACUCCUUCCAUGCAUCCACACAUCCAUCAAUUCUUAUCUUCUUAUGGAGUUGUGUUCUAUAUUUAUUGUUUUUAUUUCAUCUUCAGGUACUUGGCCUUGAAUGGCUAGUAUCCCUUCACAACAACAACCUGAAUGGUAUUCUGGCAGAUGAGAUGGGCCUGGGUAAAACCAUUCAAACCAUUGCUCUUUUUAGCUAUUUAAUUGAAGUGAAGAGACUAAAUGGACCUUUCCUGGUCAUCGUACCACUGUCAACACUAUCCAACUGGGUUCUUGAGUUUGAGAAAUGGGCACCAUCUGUGAUUGUAGUUAGUUACAAGGGAUCUCCAAAUAUGCGGCGUUCUGCAGGAGUUACACUGAGAACAGGAAAGUUUAACGUUGUACUGACAACAUAUGAAUAUGUGAUGAAAGAUAAAUCCAUUCUUGCCAAGGUUCACUGGAAGUACAUGGUGAUUGACGAGGGACAUCGUAUGAAAAACCAUCACUGUAAAUUAACUCAGGUCCUAAACACACACUAUUCAGCCCCACACAGAAUCCUGCUGACAGGAACACCAUUACAGAAUCGUCUUCCAGAGCUGUGGGCACUUCUCAACUUCCUGCUUCCCACCAUCUUCAAGUCCUGCAGUACCUUUGAGCAGUGGUUUAAUGCACCUUUUGCUAUGACUGGUGAAAAGGUUGAACUGAAUGAAGAAGAAACUGUUCUUAUCAUUCGACGUCUGCACAAGGUACUUAGACCUUUCCUUCUGCGUCGCCUCAAGAAAGAAGUUGAAUCCCAGCUUCCUGAUAAGGUGGAGUAUGUCAUCAAGUGUGACAUGUCAAUCCUGCAGCGUAUCCUUGCUAACCACAUGACAAAGAAGGGUGUUCUACUCACUGAUGGUUCUGAGAAGGAUAAGAAGGGUAAAGGAGGUACCAAGACUCUGAUGAACACUAUCAUGCAACUGAGAAAGAUCUGUAACCAUCCAUUCAUGUUCCAGCACAUUGAGGAAUCAAUUGCUGAACAUCUGGGCUUUCCUUCAAGAAUAGUUCAUGGCCCUGACGUCUUCAGGGUAGCAGGCAAGUUUGAACUGCUUGAUAGAGUGUUACCCAAACUGAAACGUUUCGGUCACAGGGUUUUGAUGUUCUGUCAGAUGACAUCCCUCAUGACAAUCCUAGAAGACUACUUCAACUGGAAAGGACUUCCCUAUCUGCGACUUGAUGGUACAACCAAGUCUGAAGACAGAGGACAACUGUUGGCAUUGUUCAAUGCUAAGGAUUCCCCAUACUUUGUGUUCCUUCUGAGCACCAGGGCAGGUGGUCUUGGGCUGAAUCUACAGGCUGCCGAUACUGUUGUUAUAUUUGAUAGUGACUGGAAUCCUCACCAAGAUUUGCAAGCACAAGAUCGAGCCCAUCGUAUUGGUCAAGAGAAAGAGGUCCGGGUGCUUAGAUUAAUGACAGUCAACAGUAUUGAAGAGAGAAUCUUAGCUGCAGCCAGGUACAAGCUGAACGUAGAUGAGAAGGAAGAAAGUGAGGUCCCAGAUGAUGAGACUAUCAAUCAAAUGAUUGCAAGAAAUGAGGAAGAAUUUGAGACAUUCCAGAGAAUGGACAAAGAGCGACGUCGACAAGCAGCAAGGCGAGAGUGGACGAAACCUUGCCGAGGCGUUCAUGGUUCUUCCAACCAAGAAAGAUCUUCCUGACUACUACCAGAUAAUCAAACAACCAGUAGACAUUCGAAAGAUUAGAGAACGAAUCAACUCUCAUCGAUAUCGAUCCCUUGAGAACCUUGAAGAAGACUUCAUACUCAUGUGCAGAAAUGCGCAGACKUAUAACAUGGAAGGCUCCAUCAUUUACGAAGAUUCCAUCAAACUACAGUCACUGUUUGUCCAUGCUCUUGGUAAGGUGAAAGCUGGUGAGGAGUUAGUCAUCCCCAAACAAGUACAGGGCGAAGAGAGUGAUAAGGAGACCACUGAUAAAGAAGAGGGGGAUGGAGAUGAUAGAGAAUCCAUAGGAUCUGAUGUGGAAGGUAGUAGUUUGUCUUCCUUGAAAAUGAGAAUCAAGCUUGGAAAGCAGUCUGUUGAAAGAGCCAAAGCUGAGAUGAGUGGGAAGAAGCGGCGCGGUAGACCCCCUCGUAGCAGAACGCCAGGAGAACUAGAUGACAAGGAAUCAGACUCCUGUCCUCCUUCAGAGAGAGCGGAUAGUAGUGACGAGGGGUCAGACAUGGAGACAGACUUUGCUGCCACGUCAAUAGAUGCUGGAGUACCAUCACCAUCACAGAGAAAGAAAUGAAGACCAAGGGGGUGUACCCACGGRGAUUGUUGUAGUAGACAUUCAGGCCAACAGCCAGU